AUGGCGGUGCAGACUGGCGCAGAUAUCCUACGCAAACUGCUCGAUAAAUCCAAACCAGCAAUCGCCAUGGCAGCUCAUAAUCCACUCAGUGCAACUAUAGCAGCCGAAGCUGGAUUUGAUUCUGUAUGGAUCAGCGGAUUUGAGCUUUCAGCCUCAUAUGCAGUGCCAGACGCGAGUAUCAUACCGAUGGGUACGCAUCUUGAAAUGACGCGGUGUAUAGCCGAAUCCACGUCAAACAGGAAGUUUCCAGUUAUCGCCGAUAUUGACACGGGCUUCGGAAAUGCCAUAAACGUAGCGUAUUCCAUUCCACGAUAUGAGGCAGCCGGUGCGGCUGCAGUGGUUAUCGAGGACAAAAAGUUCCCCAAAGAUAGCAGUUUGCGGCUCAACGGCCGACAGGAAUUAGUCUCGAUCGAAGAAUUCCAAGGAAAGAUCGCUGCUGCAAAAGCAAAGACUCAUUUGAUGCUUAUUAUUGCACGGACCGAGGCCCUAAUUGCCGGUUUGGGAGAAGAGGAAGCUCUGCGGCGGGCACUUUCUUAUGCGGAAGCCGGUGCAGAUGCUAUCUUGAUUCAUAGCAAGAAGUCUACACCAGAAGAAAUUUUAUCGUUUUGUCGUGCCUGGCCAGAUGAACAAGUUCCUCUUGUACUUGUACCGACGAGCUAUACACAACUCUCCUUUGCCGAUAUCGCCGCCCUUAAGAAAGUCGGGUUAAUCAUCUGUGGCAACCACGCUAUACGCGCUUGUGUUGCAUCGAUGAGAAAAGUUUUUGGCAGGAUAUUGAAGGACGGUAGCAUAGCUUAUGUUAAUGAGGAUAUUGCAUCCGUUUCAGAUGUCUUCGAGAUUCAGGGUGAUGCUGCAUUGCGUGCACUUGAGAAGGAAUAUCUACGCUAA